GGCUCAUCUGCGCCUACCACGCUCUGGAGGUGCAGCUGUUCAUGAUCGACAACUGCGCCGACGACUGGCGAAUCGCCAUGACGUGGCAGCGCAACGUUCAGAUCUUCAUCGAGCUGCUCAUAUGCGCCAUCCACCCGAUCCCGGGCGAGUACUACUUCAUUUGGACCACCAAGCUGUCCAACAACGGCAACAGCGGCCGCACGCUCAGCCGCAAGGUGCCCGUCGACGUGACGCUCUCGCUGCCCAUGUUCCUGAGGCUGUACCUCAUCUGCCGCGUGAUGCUGCUGCACUCCAAGCUGUUCACGGACGCGUCAUCGCGCAGCAUCGGCGCGCUGAACCGGAUCAACUUCAACACGCGCUUUGUGCUGAAAACUCUGAUGACGAUAUGCCCGGGCACGGUUCUGCUUGUGUUCAUGGUGUCGCUGUGGAUCAUCGCCAGCUGGACGCUGCGCCAGUGCGAACGAUACCACGACGAUGAUCACGCCAAUCUCCUGAAUGCCAUGUGGCUGAUCGCCAUUACUUUUCUCUCGGUUGGAUACGGGGAUAUUGUGCCUAAUACCUACUGUGGACGCGGCAUAGCGGUCACGACUGGUAUCAUGGGCGCCGGUUGUACCGCUCUCCUAGUGGCCGUCGUCUCCAGAAAGCUGGAGCUCACGCGCGCAGAGAAACACGUCCAUAACUUCAUGAUGGACACGCAGCUCACAAAAAGGUUGAAAAACUCAGCAGCCAACGUGCUCAGGGAGACGUGGCUCAUCUACAAGUACACCAAACUGGUGAAACGGGUCAACCCGGGAAGAGUGAGGACGCACCAGCGCAAGUUUCUUCUCGCCAUAUACUCAUUACGAAAAGUGAAAAUGGAUCAGCGCAAACUUAUGGACAAUGCGAGUACGAUCACAGACAUGGCAAAGGUGCAGAAUUCCGUGUACGAACUGGUGGUCGACAUGAACACACGCCAGGAGCUGGCCGACGAGCGUGUCUCGGGCCUGGAGGAGCGGCUGGCCGCCAUGCAGGAGCAGCUGGAGCAGCUGCCGGACGUGCUGACGCGCUGUCUGGCGGCGCACCAGGAGCAGCUGGAGCAGCGCCGCCAGCCGCACACGCUGCACCCGGAGAUGGCGCUGCAGCGCUCUCCGCCGCGCCACCCGCCCAUCACGCGCUCCACCAACGUCACCUCGCUGCCGGCGGCGCCUCCGGUGUCGCGCGCCAACACGGUCAACACGCCGCCGACGGCGCCGCCGCCGCCGCGCCGGACGCUGCCCCCCAGCCAGCGGGGCGGCGGGGCCGAGGCGUGACCGGCGCCGCGCGCCGCGCCGCCGCCAAGUGCCUUGCCCAGAGGAAUGAGCUCGUGAGAUGAGAGGGAUACUUCUGUGAUCUAGCGGGCGCCGGACGGAGCGCGCCGCCCGCUGCGUUGCAGCAGCCAACGGACCGCCCCGUUACCAUUUCAUUCCUAGGCGGGGCGCGCCGCUGCCUGACCGGUGAGGUUGUGAUGCGUCGUAGAGCAGUAGCCGCCUGCGCACGCGCGCCGCUUCAUUUUAGCGUGAGACAAGUAGCGUCUAGUUUGUUUUACACCUUUAGCGCCGGACGGCCUUACCAUGUCCCGUUUUUUGCGCGGGCUUGGCGUCUGCCGGGGCGCUGCGCUGCGGCCGUUUUCAGAGCUGUCCGCAGCGUCUAGCGGCUCUGUUGUUGGUGCUGUUAUGAGUGAGAUGUGUGCCGACAGUGGGCGAGUGAGGGCCAUAUGGUGUGAUCGACGCGUCCGGUGUGCGCCCGGCCGUCCGGGCUGUACAUAGGGGGCAGCCGGCCGGCGGCACGGCCGGCCGGUCGGCUUCUCCGACCUGCAGCAGCUCCCUCUAUAUGUUGUCGUACUGUUUCGUGUUCCGGUUUAGUUGUAAGUGAGUCUCUCAAUGUCACGCCUGGUUCCGUUGCGGCCGGGCGGGUCUCGUGGCGCGCUGCUGGUCCGCCGGCGUUCGCCCGUCGUCCGCUGCCGCUCUGUCCGCUGUCCGCUGUCCGCUGCCGCUCUGGUGUAGCCGCUGUGGCCUGUCCUCUGCCGCUCCGCUCCUCUAUACUGCUGCUGCCUACCCCUCUGCACCCGCCGCGACCGUCGGGCACCUCGCCGAUACUAGGGACGACGCCUCACGCCGCCGAUUUCCGCUCGAAAUCAAACGCCUCCUUCACAGCCCUUUCGUGGGCCCUCUCCCCGGAGUUUUGCGAGGCACGGUCACAGCUCUUGCUGUUAUCGCCGAAUCUCAUCUCUCGCGAACGUUACACCAUAAUGGCACCACACUUCACCUGAGCCUCUCGGAUGUUACUGAGAUUCGGGACAUUUUUAAAUGACAGCCAGUCUUACCAUAUAAUAACUUGAAGGACCUCAUUUUGUAUUCAAUCACAAAGCAGUCACAAGCUCAAUACCAUCUUCCUUUCCACCCAAACAUUUCAGUAUGAAAUCAGCCCGGCCUCGCUUUUGUCGCUAAUCAGCUGGCAUCGCCCAAAGAGCCUCCUUGUUUCUUCGAGAUAUCUGCUCCUCCCACCAGUCACAAGAAAUACAUUAUAACACCAGA